AUUCAUCCUAAACAGAGUGAAAAUUACAGCAGAGUCAUAACACAGAAAACAGAUCAUGUCAGGACCUCAGUGCGCUCAUAAUCCACCAACCCUCGACCCAGCAUCUGGAGCAGGACAUGUCCAACAAAUUGGGGGCUUUAACACAUACGUCACUGGUGAUCAGGACUCCAAGCUUGCUAUCAUUUUCCUUGCUGAUGCAUUUGGGUGGGAAGUUCCAAAACUAAGGAAGCUUGCAGACAAAGUUGCGGAAUCAGGAUUCUUGGUUGUGGUUCCUGAUUUCUACUACGGUGAUAAAUUCACUCUAGAAAAAGCUGGACAAGGAUGGGUCGACACUCAUCCCCCGGAUAGAGGAUGUGACGAUGCUAGGACUAUAAUUGCUGCCUUGAAAAGCAAAGGAGUGUCCAAAAUUGGAGCUGCAGGUUUUUGCUGGGGAGGUAUGGUGGCAGUGAGACUGGCAAAAUAUGACUGUAUUGAGGCUGCAGUCGUGUUGCAUCCGGGUCCAAUCACAGUAGAAGAAAUAAAUGAGGUGAAAACCCCAAUUGCUAUACUGGGAGCAGAGAUUGACCAUAUUGGACCACCUGAGAUGGUGAAGCAACUAGAAGACGUUUUAUCAUCAAAACCUGAGGUUGAUAGCUUUGUGAAAAUAUUUCCUGGCGUUGGACACGGAUGGACUGUGAGAUACAACGAUGACGACGAGUUUGAAGUGAAGAGUGCUUUGGAGUCUCACUCGGAUAUGUUGAACUGGCUGACCAAAUAUGUCAAGUAAAACGUGGAAAGGGCGAGCAUAAUGAAGAAAAACUAAAGUAGAAAGCAGAGCAAGAAGUGUUGUGAGCCAUGGAUAAGAAAUCUGUGUUUUUACAUAUUUAAAAAGUAUGCAAAAUAAAGAUCCAGCCUUCCUUAAAUA